UUUUUUGAAACCUCCAGAACAUAAACAUAAACAUAAACCCACAAGGUUUAUGUUUCGGACUUCCACCGUGCCGCCGACUCGCCGCCAACAGGGCUUUAAGACGCGCAAGGUUUCUGCGGAUCCCAACUUGGAAGCGCGCUCAUCUUCAGAGUAGCGUAGGCGAAUUCGCUUAAUCGGAGAAGUCCUGUGACGAUUGUUAGCCUUCCAAACAAUAGCGUAAGAAUCCUCGUGGCCUUCUCUGACGAUUUUGCACUGACCCAUGUGCAAGAGCGUGGGAAAUUCAAGGUUUACUUGAUUUGAUUUCCCAUUCCCUUGGAAAUUCAUCUCUCUCUCUCUCUGAAUUUAUUUCUUUGUUUAUAUAUACGAAGUUAUGGUUGGUUCUGAUUCUGAUUCUGAUUCCGAUUCUGAGACCCGGAAAAUCCGAAACAUAUGCAUACUAGCACACGUUGAUCACGGCAAGACCACGCUUGCCGACCACUUGAUCGCUGCCUCGGGUGGGGGCGUGCUCCACCCGAAGCUGGCGGGGCGCCUUCGUUUCAUGGACUAUUUGGACGAGGAACAAAGGCGUGCCAUCACGAUGAAGAGCUCCUCCAUUGCUCUUCACUACAAGGGUCACUCCGUUAACCUCAUAGACUCCCCUGGCCACAUGGACUUCUGUAGUGAAGUCUCCACCGCCGCUAGGCUAAGCGAUGGUGCGUUGAUAUUGGUUGAUGCCGUGGAGGGCGUCCAUAUCCAGACUCAUGCCGUUUUGAGGCAAUGCUGGAUAGAGAAGCUGUCACCGUGUUUGGUGCUCAAUAAGAUUGAUAGGUUGAUUUAUGAGUUGAAGUUGAGUCCAAUGGAGGCGUAUACCCGGUUGUUGAGGAUUGUUCAUGAGGUUAAUGGGAUUGUCAGCGGGUAUAAGUCGGAGAAGUAUUUGUCCGAUGUUGAUUCAGUGCUUGCGGGGCCGGUGGGGGAGAUGGGUGAUGAUGAGAGUUUUGAGUUUGUGGAGGAUGAUGAGGAGGAUACAUUUCAACCCCAAAAGGGGAAUGUAGCUUUUGUGUGUGCAUUAGAUGGGUGGGGUUUUGGAAUUCAUGAAUUUGCUGAGUUCUAUGCUUCGAAGCUUGGGGCGAGUGCUGCUGCAUUGCAGAAGGCUUUGUGGGGUCCCCGGUAUUUCAAUCCAAAGACGAAGAUGAUUGUGGGGAAGAAGGGAAUUGGUGGAGGCAAUAAGGCUCGGCCCAUGUUUGUUCAGUUUGUGCUUGAGCCGCUUUGGCAGGUUUACCAAGCGGCUUUGGAUGCCGACGGGAAUAAAGGGAUGAUUGAGAAAGUGAUUAAGUCAUUUAAUUUGUCUGUUCCAGUUCGUGAGCUUCAGAACAAGGACCAGAAAGUUGUGCUUCAAGCUGUUAUGAGCCGUUGGCUUCCUCUGUCGGAUGCUAUAUUAUCAAUGGUGGUUAAGUGUAUGCCGGACCCUAUUGCAGCACAAUCAUUUCGUGUAUCACGUUUGCUGCCGAAGAGAGAGGUCCUGGAUAAUAUGGUUGAUUCUAAUGUGCUUGCAGAGGCAGAACUGGUUAGAAAAUCUGUCGAGGCUUGUGAUUCGAGGAUUGAAGCUCCUUGUGUUGCUUUUGUUUCCAAGAUGUUUGCUGUGCCGGUAAAAAUGCUUCCACAAAGGGGUUUACAUGGAGAGGUUAUAAACAGUCCAACUGAAGAAAGUGGAGAGGGUGAGUCGGAUGAGUGUUUCCUUGCAUUUGCUAGGAUCUUUAGCGGGGUUCUUUAUUCAAGGCAGAGGGUUUUUGUGCUCUCAGCUUUAUAUGAUCCACUAAAAGGGGACUCAAUGCAGAAGCAUGUGCAGGAGGCUGAGUUGCAAUCCAUGUAUUUAAUGAUGGGCCAAGGCUUAAAACCAGUGGCUUCUGCAAAGGCAGGGAAUGUUGUGGCAAUUGGAGGCCUUGGUCACCACAUACUGAAAAGUGCAACUCUGUCAUCAACAAGGAACUGCUGGCCUUUCUCAAGUAUGAUAUUCCAGGUUUCCCCAACUCUUAGAGUUGCUAUUGAGCCAUCUGAUCCAGCGGACAUGGGUGCACUUUUGAGAGGUUUAAAGCUUCUGAAUCGGGCAGACCCAUUUGUGGAGGUCACUGUUUCUGCAAGGGGUGAACAUGUCCUGGCUGCUGCAGGAGAAGUUCAUCUAGAAAGAUGCAUAAAGGAUUUGAAGGACCGGUUUGCGAAAGUAAGGUUGGAAGUCUCUUCCCCUCUUGUGUCCUAUAAAGAGACCAUUGAGGGAGAGGUUUCCCAUAUGCUGGAGAAUUUAAAAUCAAUUAAUGCAGGUUCAGAUUAUGUUGAGAAGACAACACCAAAUGGAAGAUGCGUAGUCCGGGUGCAAGUCAUGAAGCUUCCUCCUACUCUAACAAAGGUGCUUGAUGAAAAUUCUGAUUUACUUGGAGAUAUUAUUGGAGCUAAGUCUGGGCAAACCAAUAAAAGUUUUGAAACCCGGAGAUCAAACAUUGUGGAAGAUGAGAAUCCAAUUGAAGUAUUUAAGAAACGCAUAAUGGAUGCUGUGGAGAAAGAUAUUUUGUCAAUGACUGAGAUUGACAAUGAACGGGCUGACAAAUGUAGAGUAAAGUGGCAAAAGCUUCUUAAGAGGAUUUGGGCACUCGGGCCUAGGCAUAUUGGUCCUAAUAUCCUCUUUAUCCCGGAUUUCAAAAGAAGGGGUGCCGACUCCUCUAUUCUUAUACGUGGUUCUCCUUUUGUAUCUGAGAGAUUGGGCAUUGUGGACGAGUCUAUUGAUGGUGACACAGCUGCUGAGACAUCUUCAGAAGUAACUCAAGCGUUAUCCAUGGAAGCAGAGCGACUUGAGAGUAGUGUUGUAUCAGGGUUUCAACUUGCUACAGCAUCUGGACCGUUAUGUGAUGAAUCUAUGUGGGGUUUGGCAUUCGUUGUUGAGGCUUACAUUUCUCCAUUUAUGGGGCAGGCUGAUGAGUCGGAAUCUCACCAACAACCGGAGCAGUAUGGCAUCUUCACAGGACAGGUUAUUACAGCUGUCAAAGAUGCUUGUAGGGUGGCUGUGCUUCAGAAGAAGCCGAGACUUGUGGAAGCCAUGUACUUCUGUGAGUUGAACACCGCUCCUGAAUAUUUGGGUCCCAUGUAUGCAGUGCUUGGUCGAAGGCGGGCCCGAGUGAGCAAGGAAGUAAUGCAGGAAGGUUCCCCGUUGUUCACUGUGCAUGCUUAUGUGCCAAUUUCUGAAAGCUUUGGUUUCGCCGAUGAACUUAGAAGAUGGACUUCUGGAGCUGCUAGUGCUCUUCUUGUGCUUAGCCAUUGGGAAGCUCUUCCUGAGGAUCCUUUCUUUGUACCCAAAACAGAGGAGGAAAUUGAAGAGUUCGGAGAUGGGUCUAGUGUGCCUCCAAAUAUAGCCAGGAAGCUCAUUGAUGCUGUAAGACGACGGAAAGGCCUUCCUGUGGAGGAAAAAGUAGUCCAGCAUGCAACAAAGCAGAGGACCUUGGCUCGUAAAGUGUAGAGGAUGUUGAUUUUGUUGUAUCAUUAGCUCAUAUAAAAACUGUAAGGCAAUACAUCUCAUCAUUGAUUAUGAAAAUAAGUUUAAACUCUCUUUUGUCAUUAGCUAUUAA